AUGCCACGAAAAUUUACCUUCGAGCAGGUCGGAGCACACAACAACAGCCACCCCAACAACAAAUACGCGGUCAUCCACGGCGAUGUUUACCGUAUCGCGUCUAUUCCAUUUGGCAAAUGCUUGAUAUCAUCUGUCGCGGUUGAGGCAGCGCUGGUCAAUGGCCUGGAUGUAUCUGCUCUUUUCGGUUCCGGACACAAAGAUGGAAGCACCUUGAGACUCCUGAAGUCUACUCAAGGCUGCCACGUCGGUACCAUUGUCCAAGCGCCGGCCGGUGCCCCGGGAGGCCAGCCUGCACAGCCUGCACAGCCUGGGCCACCUGGCCAACAAGGACGAAAUGGGCAGCCAGACGCUGACGACGACGAGGGGGGAACUGCCGCCGAGAGACGCCGCCGCGAGGAAGCCCGCAACAGGAGACUCCGCAAGACGUACAACCCGCUCAUGCAGGACCCGGACGACGCGGACGAGUACCCGGCAGACGCCGUCGCCAUGGGCUACCUCCCGGACUUUGAAGGCCGCCGCUGGCGCGAGAGGCGCAUGCGCCUGUCGCGGUACAUCCAGUACAAUGACAUCCCCGCCAUCGACGAGGAGGACAUCGACCCCGGACUCGCUGCGGCGCUCGACCUGGACUUUGCCAAGGAGAUCCGGUACCAGAGGAACCUCAAGGGUGGGGAGGCCAGGGGGUGCACCGGCUCGUUCCGGGCCGCGAGGCCGCCGCCGCCGCGCAGCCAGCUUCGCCCGAGGGACGGCGGCCGCACCCCCGGCGGCCCACCCCCGCGGGACCCGCCGGACUCGGAUGCCGACGACGACGACGGUGAUGACGAUGCCCCGGGUGCCCCAGCCGCGGCGGCACGACAGGUCCAGGUAGAGGGGCGUGUGCGCCAGUGGUUCCCCUCUAAUUCCAACCGCGCUGGGCUCGGACCGACUCAUCUGCCAACUCCGCCGGUGACUCCGCUCAACCCUCUCGCGCAGCCAACUGUUCGGCCCCCUGUGCAGCCUCCGCCGCCUCCGCCGCAGCAUCCUCAGCAGUUGACUCCCCCGGAAGAGGAAGAGAUUGCCAAGCAGAGACGGGCAGACGAAUCGGCCGCAGCAGACAAGGCGAUCCUGAAGAAGGCAAAGGAUCCGAAGACCGUAAAGGAAGUAUCGGAAAAGUUUUGGUCCGUGAAACCGAAGACCAAAGCGAAACGAGCAAAGCCAGAAGAGAAAUCUCAAGGGUCAGAAGAGCAACCAACACGAAGACAAGACGAGCAAGCACGGAAGCAGCGGCGGGAGCAGAGGAAGAAAGAGGAGGAGCAGAGGAAGGCACAGGAGGAGCAGAAGAAGAAAAAGGAUGCGGCAGAUGAAGCGAAUCGGCAAAAAACGCGCAAGCAGCACAGAAGGAGAAUGGACAAAAGAAGCGAAUACAAGAACAGUCACUACAGCGACUGGAUGAACUUGGGCCGGAAGCAGUACAGGAUGCGACGAGACGCGCGGAUGAGACGCAAAGGCAGCAAGAGGUCGAGAGUCGGAGGUUACACCCUGGGACAAGCAAAGGACGUCAUUCGCGACCAGUACGGAGAGCUGGUGGAAGACCCGGACAAAAAAGCGCGGAACAAGAGCACAACCACCACUCCCAAGGGCCCCAAAGAGCCCACCACCAAGACGCCCCCGAAGAGGUCGGCGGACACGACAGAGGGAGACCAGGGUUCCAGCAAGAAGCUUCGCUCGGACGACAGCCAGAAGACCAAGAGGGACCAGACCAGCAGCGGCGGCAAGUACGGCGACGGCAACCGGCCCUACAAGAAGGGCGAGGAGCCGUGGAACAAGGGCAAGGGCCCGCAGAACAAGACAGGGCUCCUGAUCAGCCGCUCAGACGACGAGGACAGUCCGGACGAGCUCGGACCACCAGUCGUGACGACCGGCGGCCCGGCCCAGCCUCCUGAUCUGGACGUUCCUGAUCUCCCUUCGGACCUCCCUCGCGCGCCCACUACCACAGGCACCGCCGACACGGGCCCCUUGGUCCCCGUCCCCGUCCCCGUCCCCACCACCUGGCCCCCUAAUCUUAUUCGUCCGCCCAACACCAACCCCCGGCCCCCUACCGUGAUUCCUCCGCCCGGCGGCAUCCCUACUACCACCACUAGCACCACUACCGGCGGCCCCCGACCGGGCGGGGCGCGCGGGGGCGUUGGCUUCCGGCCGGGCAGCUCGGCUCCGGACAGGAUCAAGGACUUGUUUAGGAAGAGGGACAACGCUGACCCGUCAAAUGGUCGGUCCACUAAGCGUUGA